UGUCACUCACUUUCUGCGUUCCGAAGAACACAGAUUCUGUUUUCCAUUGUUCUCCCGCCAACUAAACCUCCAUCGCCACCGUCGCCACCGCCGCCACUGCACUCCCACGCAGAUGUUCGUCGCUAAGCCCUUCUCCCUACCCCUCCAUGUUUCUCCAACUAACUGCUUCAAAAACGGACCCACUUCCCGUAACGCCUUUUUCAAUGUAGAACUCACUAUACACGCUUCCACGCUCUGUCUCUGUUCCGUUGACUCUAACCAAGUCAAUGACGGGAGCGUUUUCUCCGUUACGCCUUCCAAUAGCUGCGACGUCGAUUAUCUUGGCGAAAGCACCAAAGGGAACUUGAACGUUAAGGUGGAGCACCUCGAGGCUUUUGGAAUUGAUGGACAUGCUGCAUUAGAAGGUCCAAUAGAGGAGGUGGCCAGAACAGAAGCUAGAGAAGCUGAUGAUUUACUGAAAAAAUUGGAUAUUCCGAGUCCUUAUUCAUCAAGAAAUUCACCUCGUGGAAUAUUCUGCACUCGGACACUGAAUCUACGAUCCAUUAGUGCCAUCGGAUAUGACAUGGAUUAUACCUUGAUGCAUUAUAAUGUGAAGGCUUGGGAAGGGCGGGCUUAUGAUUACUGUAUGGAAAACCUCAAGAAUAUGGGUUUCCCUGUUGAUGGACUUGCAUUUGAUCCAGACCUGGUUAUUAGAGGCCUUGUCAUAGAUAAAGAGAGAGGCAAUUUGGUUAAAGCUGAUCGAUUUGGUUAUAUAAAGAGAGUCAUGCAUGGAACCAAAAUGUUAUCUACUCGUGCUGUGAGUGAGAUGUAUGGGAGAGAACUAGUGGACCUGCGGCAGGAGAGUCGAUGGGAAUUUCUCAACACAUUUUUCUCUGUGUCUGAAGCUGUGGCAUAUAUGCAGUUGGUUGACAAGUUGGAUGAUGGGAUUAUACCAUGCAAUCUUGGCUCCUUUGAUUAUAAAGGGCUUUAUAAGGCUGUAGUAAAAGCUCUCUUCAGGGCACAUGUAGAAGGACGCCUCAAGAGUGAGAUUAUGUCUAACCCUGAACAGUUUGUAGAGCCUGAUCCAGAAUUACCCGUGGCACUUUUGGAUCAGAAGGAGGCAGGCAAAAAACUCCUGCUUAUUACCAACUCAGAUUAUCAUUAUACAGACAAAAUGAUGCAUCAUUCAUUUAAUAGAUUCCUUCCUAAUGACAUGGGUUGGCGAGAUUUAUUUGACAUUGUAAUUGUGUCAGCAAAGAAACCAGAAUUCUUCCAAAUGUCACACCCCAUGUAUGAAGUGGUGACAGAUGAGGGCCUGAUGCGUCCAUGCUUCAAGGCUGAAACUGGUGGUUUAUACUCAGGUGGAAGCGCACAAAUGGUUGAAAAUUCCCUAAAUAUACAUGGAGAUGAGAUAUUGUAUGUUGGAGACCAUAUUUACACUGAUGUUAGUCAAUCCAAAGUCCAUUUGCGAUGGCGAACAGCAUUGAUUUGUCGAGAACUAGAAGAUGAGUAUAGUGCCCUAAUUCAUGGCCGGAGUCAUAGACAAGCAUUGGUGGAGCUUAUAAAUCAAAAGGAGGUAGUAGGUGAUCUCUUUAACCAACUACGUCUGGCUCUACAGAGGCGAAGUAAAGGGCGUCCUGCACAGACUCUUGCUGCAACUAAAAUGGAUGAUGAAAAUCUUACUGAAAGCAUGCAAAAGCUACUUAUUGUUAUGCGAAGACUUGAUGAAAAAAUUGCUCCAAUGCUAGAGGCAGAAGGGGAGCUCUUCAACAAAAGGUGGGGUUAUCUUUCACGUGCUGGUUUGUGGGAUAAAAGUCACUUGAUGAGACAAAUUGAGAAGUAUGCAGAUAUAUAUACCUCUAGGGUGUCAAACUUUUUAUAUUACACACCCUUUAUGUAUUUCCGCUCUCAGGAACAGAACCUUGCACACGAUUCAUACACACACUAUUGCUCACAACUUGGCAAAUUUUCUUCCCAUGGAAACUUGGAAGAAAAUGGAGAAAUUGAAAAAAAAAAUGUCUCUGGUUGACUACAAAACACAGAUAUGUCAUUUCAAUCUUAUAUAAUGCUGUGCUAAUGAUAUUCUAUAGUAUUUAAAUUGAUAACAAGUCUAUAAAGGGCCCCAGAUAUCGUGGUUUACAAUGCUUUAGAAGUACCUAUGUCAAUAAGGUUGGAUGUUUUUUUGGUCAACAAUAAGGGUGGCGUAUUAAGGUACUUUCCCUUGACCAAGUGGUGUUUUAGUUGGUUUUUGGUUUCAAUGAGAGCAGAGGCCAAAUCAAAAAGAAAUAAUUGCAAGGGUUUAUGUUUCCAAAUGAAGCUGAAGGCACGAACACAGCUAGCUAUACAGUUUGGUAAUCAUAUUGACAUAUCAUUGUUGGCAAUCAAUCAAAUUUGUACUGUGUCCCUCUAUUGG